AUGAUAUAUGUUGUGAAAUAUAUAUUUUUGAUUUGCUAUAUAAAUACAUUAUUUUUAAGAAGAGUUUUAUUUUGCUAUUCAUAUAAUUUAUCACAACAUUUUUCUUUAUACAAUAAUUCAAAGUUUGUGUUAUUCAAAAGAAAUAAAAAAAGAAACAAAAUAAAUAAAUAUCAUAAUAUUUAUUAUCAUAAGGGUGGUUUUCAUUAUGAAAAUAAUAUCGGGAAUAAUAAUAUAAGUAAUCCAUUUUUUUUAAAUAAGUUUAUAUAUAAUAAGAAGAAGCAUAAAUUGAAUUUUUUUAAUAGUCCUACUUCUUCUUAUGAUGAUGCGUGUAUUUUAAAAAAUCUUUUUAAUUCCUUUACAACAGAGAGAAGAAUAAAAAAUAAAAAGAGUGAUAAAAAUGUUAAAAUGAAUGUUAUGAUAAAAAAAAAAUGUAUGCUUUAUUUAACGUUUAAUAGGAAAGAAAAUGAUAACAUCAUUAAUAAUAAUAAUAAUGAUAAUAAUAAAAAUAAUAAUAAUAAUAAUAAUAAUGAUAAUAAUAAUUAUCACGUUGAUGAGUCGUAUUUAUCCAACAUAGGAGAACCAUGUAUAUUACUACGUUCAACAAGCUGGGGACACCUUUCUCUUUUUUAUGGUUCACAUUUAAAUAGAGAUUAUUAUACUUAUGAGGAUAUUAUAAAAUAUAUAGAAACAAAUGAAAAGAAGUUUGUAAAGUGUAUAAACAAUAAUAUAUAUAAUAAUAAUGAUAAUAAUAAUACAGAUAUAACAAAACAAACAUUUAUCGAUAAAAAGUACAUACUUAUUAGGGGUCGUAUGGAAAGAAAAAAAAAACAAUCCAAACGAAUUUUCUUAUAUCUAAGAUUAAGUAAUGGAAUGUACUUAACAUGUGUAUAUGAAAAAAAAAUACCCACAAAUAAAAAUAAUCAAUCUAUAUAUUCAAUAGAUAAUAUGUAUACCUAUAUAAAGAAUUUAAAAAAUGAAAGUGUUAUAGAUGUUGUAGGAAGGAUCAAAUUACAUGGAACCUUAUAUAAACACAACAUAUCUUAUAUAGAAAGCUUGCUGAAUCAAACAGUUAUCGAAUUAGUAGCAGAACAAAUAAAUUGUAUUUCAGAAUCGUUUUAUAAUCCUCCAUUUAUGAUAAACGAUAAUGAUGUCCACACAAACAAAAUUCAAAUGGUUAUAAGGGGAGAUAAUAACAAAAUUGUUGAUAUGGAUAAAAAGAAAAACACUGAAAAACAUAAUGCUGAUACAAAAGAACAGGGCGAAAAAAAUAAUGCUGAUACAAAAGAACAGGGCGAAAAAAAUAAUGCUGAUACAAAAGAACAGGGCGAAAAAAAUAAUGCUGAUACAAAAGAACAGGGCGAAAAAAAUAAUGUUGACAAAACGAAAAACAUACCAUACAACAAUUUACAUGCACAACAAACCAAUAACAAUUAUGAAGAAGAAAAAAAAAUAAACACAAACGAAAACUUGCUGAAAGUACAAAAUUUUUGCUUAAACUAUAGAAAUUCAAUAAAUCAUUUAAUUUUUUAUAUUAAAAGUAAAGUAUUUCAAAGAUUUAGAAACCUCUUAGAAAGGGAUGGCUAUACAGAAAUAUUCACAUCUAAAUUUAUAAAAAUUAAAGAAUCUGAAAAGAAUCCAUCUGUUGAUAAAUCUGAAAAGAAUCCAUCUGUUGACAAAUCUGAAAAGAAUCCAUCUGUUGACAAAUCUGAAAAGAAUUAUGAAGAAACUCAAGAUAAUAAUUUAGAGAAUACUAGUUCAUCAGAUAAUAAUAUAAAUGCUCAAUUAACAGGAUCGGAAGGUGGUUGUAGAUGUUAUAAGCUUGAGGGACAAAAUAUUGUGUUAUCACAAAGUCCACAAUUAUUUAAACAAAUGUUAAUAAAUUCUGAUUUUGAUAAAGUAUAUGAAAUUAAUUAUUGUUAUAGAAAUGAAAAAUUUCAUAGUUCAAGGCAUUUAAAUGAAUUUAUGUCUUUAGAUAUUGAAAAAGUAAUCUAUGAUAAUUAUUAUGAAAUUAUUAUAUAUAUGUAUAAUAUCUUAAAAGAUAUGAAUACAUAUAUAAAUAAUAACUAUUUUAAUGAAUUAAAUAUUUUAUCAUCUUUUUAUAAUAAUAAUAAUAAUUAUACAUAUCGAGCUAGCCAAUUUUGUGAUAAUCCCAUAGUCAUCUCUUUUUCUGAAGCUCAAGAUAUAUUAGAUAAAUAUUAUAGAAAUAAUAAAAAUGAUAUAUUAUUAUUACAAAAAAAAGAAAACAAUAUACAUAUAAAUAACAAAAAUACAUAUAUUUAUGAUAAGAAAUAUAAUAAAUAUAUAAAAAUAUUAAAUAAUGAAGAAAAACAAAAUAUGAAGAAAAAAAUUAUGUUUGAAUCAUCUCAGAAGGAUAAAUUACAUAAUAUAUAUUAUUACAACAAAAUAUUAAAAUAUUAUAAAAUAAAUAAACAAGAAAACAAACAAAAAAAAAAAAAUCUAUUUAUAUGCUCACCUCAUGAUAUGGACAAGCAAUAUAAUGAAGCGAACAUAUAUAAUGAUGCAUAUUACCACUUUUUAAAUACUUUUAAUAAAGAUGAAUUUUAUAGAAAGAUAUUAUUAUUUUUUAAUAACAUGUAUGAUAAGUAUGAUAUGGAGAAAAAGAAAUUACAAGAAAAUAAUACGAAUGUCUUAAAAACACAAACUCAGAUAAUAGAUGGAUCGAAUAUAUAUCGAAAGGUUACUUAUGAUGGAAAUGAUGAUGAUGAUAAUAAUAAUCACGAUGAGCAUAUUAAAACGUUGUACGAUUUAAUAAAUAUUAUAAAUAAAAAAGAAACAAAUAAUGAUAAUAUUAAUAAUAACGAUGAUGGUAAUAAUAAUAAUAAUGAUGAUGAUGGUAAUGUGUUCAUUACAGAACCUUUAUCAUAUAACAAUUUAAAAAAUAAAUAUAUUUUAUAUGAUGAUUUCACAAACGAUGAAUUAAAUUAUCUAUAUUUAUUUAUAAAAAACAAUUUUCAGAGUGAUAUAUUUAUUAUAGACCAAUAUCCAAUUUUUUUAAGACCUUAUUAUACAGGUAGCAAUAUGUAUGAUCUACGAUUUUCUAAUAGUUAUGAUUUUAUAUAUAAAGGUAUGGAAAUAAUUUCUGGAAGUCAAAGAAUUCAUAACCUACCAAUUUUACUUUUUAAAACAUUAAAAGAAAAUAAACAAAUAUCCUUAUCAACAUAUCUUCAUAAAAAGGAUAAUUUCACCAUAUUAAAUUAUCUUGAUAAUUUCCAAAAAUUAAUAAAUAAAAAAUCAACAAUUUAUAAAUAUUUUAAUUCUUUUCAAUAUGCUUCAAAACCACAUGGAGGAUUAGCUUUAGGGAUGGAAAGAUAUCUUAUCACUCUCUUAAAUCUUAACAAUGUAAAAAAUGUUACUUUUUCGGAAUAA